AUGUCUGACGAGGUCAACAAUGCUGCGCCAGCCACGAAUGGCCAGAUCACCGAGGUGCUGAUUCUCUCGCUUCGCUCCGUUGCGCACGAGACAAUCAAGAACCUCGUGCUGGCCGGCAUCGGCCGCCUCAUUGUCAUGGACGACGGCGCGGUCACGGAGGAAGAUCUCGGCAGCGGAUUCUUGUUCCGCGAGGAGGAUGGCGCUGUCGGCAAGAACGUGAGCUCUUCAAAUGGCGACUACCAGCUGACAGAUCAGCGAACGGAGGCAGCUCUGGCCCAGAUCCAGUCUCUGAACCCCCUCGUUUCGCUUACGGCUGAGCCGACGCUUGCGCCCUUCGUCGGUUCUGAUGGUGCGCCCGGAGAUCGUGCCCAGAUGGCAGAGUAUCUGAAGCGGGAGGGCGUGGAUGUCGUCGUCGCGUGCGACUUUGCGCGCCCGCAGCUCGAGGCCAUCAACGCUGCCGUGCGCGAUGCCGACUCCAUGUUCUUCGCGGCUGGAUCUUACGGAUUCUACGGGUACAUCUUCGCCGAUCUCGGUGCCAAGUACGAGAACGUUGCUAGCGCCCUCAUCAAGCUCCAGACUAACUACGUGCCGCUUUCGCAGGCGCUGGACCGGAGCAAGUGGCAGGACGUUGAGACGCCAGCCGGCAAGGGCGGAAGUCCCUUCCGCGGCCUCUCCAAGGCGAACACGCGCCAGGCCCGGCCGGAUCUGCACAUCGCGCUCCAGUCACUGUGGGACUACGAGGCGAAGCACGGGCUGCCUUCGAGCUCUGCGGCGGCGGUGGAGAUCCAGGCCACGGCGGAGCAGAUGCUGAAGGACCUCGGCGUGAACAAGCGCACGAUGAGGAGCGUUGACGAGGUGAUCAUCACGCACCUGGCCGAGCAUGCAACUCACUUCUUCCCGCCGACAUUGGCGAUCCUCGGAGGUCUGCUCGCGCAGGACGUUCUCCGUGCGCUAUCCCGCAAGGACAAUCCGAUCACCAACCUCCUCGUGUUAGACAGCAUGGGCGGUGCGGCCUCGGUCGCGCGCUGGGGCAUGGACGAGGCGGUCAUUAAGAAGAACUAG